AUGCCAGCUUAUCAUUCGACGUUCUUGGCAGACGAGUCGCAAGAUACCAGACUUGUGGGCAAUUUUGCCGUGUUGCCACUUCGAACAAAAUACAAAGGACCAGCAUUUCCUGCCUCGUCCGACUACGACAUCAUUGACGAGGUUCUGGACCUGUUUAGGGCCAACUCGUUCUUCAAGAACUUUGAAAUCAAAGGUCCUGCCGAUAGGACUUUGAUAUACGGAAUUCUAUUUGUUUCGCAGUGUUUGAACGCCCUCAAUGCCUCAACUUCGCAGAACGAGGCUGUUCGCGUUUUGACUAAUUUGGCUUUGGACAACUUCUCAAUUCCUGGCGAGAUCGGUUUUCCGCUGAACUCUCUUUACCAGCCGCCAAGAGACAAGAACGAGGCGUUGUUUCUGAGGCAAUAUCUAGCUCAAUUUAGACAGGAACUGGCAAACCGUCUAAUUGCUCGCAUUUAUCAAGAUAGCAACCUGCCAAGCAAGUACUGGCUGGCAUUUACCAGACGCAAGUUCAUGAAUAAGAAUCAAGGAUCUUGACCAGUCCCUCGAACUUUUUCUUGUUCUGGUGCUGGGAUACAACGUCAACAAAUUGUGCAAAAUUGGACGACUUGAGGUGCGGAUAGUAAUACAGCUUGGGCAUCAGGACGUAAUAGAACGCACGGCUGAUCAGGAGAUGAUUCAGGCAGUACGGGUGUUCUGUGUGUUCCAAAAUUAGCAGAAUAAGCUCAAAAGGCAGUUUCAUCCGAUCCUCCUGGACAACCAUCCCGCGCCCCAGGGCAACGGACACUUUAAGAACAUCCACCUUCUGGAACUGAGACCGAGGCCAAACAUAGCCAUUCCACACCUCCGAAAAAACCUCCUGCUGCGGCCUGGUGUCUGGCUCAGCAUCAACCGGAUCGUUGUCCUUCAACCCGUAUACGUAUUUCUUGUACAGCUGGCCCCUUGUCUUUUUGGGCCGGC